AUGAGGUUCACUGCUGUCCUUGUCGCGGCGUCAGCCAUUGGUGUUCACUGCACUACGUCCAGCACCGCUAGCAGUUCUGGCGCGCUGGCGACCAACCGAAGCUCAACUGCGCUGGUUACCGGGAAAGCUACAACCUCUAGUGUUAGCGGCCGACCAAGCGCUACAACUUCUUCCGCCGCUGCUUCAAGCAGUGCCAAGAAGGCCGGUGCUGGACCAAACGCUGUCGCCCCUGGAGUCGGCUUGGCUGGUAUCUUGGCUCUAGGCGCCUAUGUUGCAUAA